GAGAGAGAUGAAGAUAGGGAGAGAGAAAAGUGUCAUCAAAAGUCCAAAAUUGAUGCCCCAAAGCCAAAGCCGUAGCCGAAGCCCAAAGCCUCUGGCUUUGAUUGUAAUGCAGAGAGAAUCCAUUUGAUUUCAAUUACAACGCCAAGAACUGUAACUGAAGUUUCUCUCUCUUCUCUCAAUUCUCACACACAAACAAAUGCACACUUCACAACCAUAAAGACAUUAAGAUACAAUAAAAGCCGGAAAGAAAAAAAGGGAUAUAUAUAUAUAUAUAUAUUACAGCAAAAAGGAAAACAAUUACAAGCAGCGGGGUCGAGAAAGAAAAGAUUUUGCACUUCAAUCAGCCCUCUUUCCUUUUUCUUAUAGUUGAAAUUUAUAUGUUGCAAGACCGGCCUUGUUUGGUUUCGAGGGACUGUAAUUCAAUGACGUGUGAACAAGAAAGCAAUAGGGCUAUGCUCUACGGGGCUGAAAAGGUCGAGGUUAAGCAGGGCAAGCGCCACUUGGAAACGAAUGGGGAGGAAGAUUGCGUCGUUAAAAAGGUGUCCAAGCAUUUGGGCGAUCAAGUAGAUACUGAUUUGUCUAUUGGUGGGAUUCUAAAGUCGGUUUCUGACCAAUCGAACAGCCAGGGACAAGAUGGCGAUGAUUCUGAUUCGAGUUCAUUGAUUGCUGGCAUUGGUCAGGACAACUCGAUUAAUUGUCUUAUACGGUGCUCCCGGGCUGAUUAUGGUUUAAUUGCAUUACUGAACCGGAGUUUCCGGUCUCUUGUCCGUAGUGGCGAGCUGUAUAAACUAAGGCGGAAAAGUGGGGUGGUUGAGCAUUGGGUUUACUUUUCCUGCGAGCUUCUUGAAUGGGAAGCAUUUGACCCUAUACGGCGCCGUUGGAUGCAUUUGCCAAGAAUGUAUUCUAACGAUUGCUUUGUCUUUUCGGAUAAGGAAUCUUUGGCUGUUGGAACUGACCUUCUUGUUUUUGGGAAGAAUGUCAUGGCGCACGUGAUCUAUAGAUACAGUCUGUUGACGAACACAUGGACUACCGGAAUGAGCAUGAACGAGCCUAGGUGUUUGUUUGGCUCUGCAAGCCUCGGAGAGAUCGCCAUACUGGCUGGCGGAUGUGACUCAAAGGGUAAUAUCCUCAGCUCUGCUGAGUUAUACAAUUCUGAAACGAGAACGUGGAUGAAACUUCCAAGCAUGAAAAAAGCAAGGAAAAUGUGUUCUGCGGUUUUCAUGGAUGGAAAGUUUUACGUAAUUGGAGGAAUAGGAGGAGCUGAAUCCAAGCUUCUGACAUGUGGUGAGGAAUAUGAUUUGGAAAAUGGGACUUGGACGGAGAUACUAAACAUGUCCCCUAAGCGGACUAGCGCACCAAGAGAAAACGAACCACCUGCUACAUCUGGGGCACCACCUCUAAUUGCCGUUGUAAAUAAUGAAUUGUAUGCUGCAGAUUAUGCUUCAAUGGAGGUGAGCAAAUAUAACAAGAAGAAUAGGGUUUGGAUCGUCGUUGGUAGGUUGCCGAAACGUGCUGAUUCUAUGUGCGGUUGGGGAUUAGCAUUCAGAGGGUGUGGUGAUCGUCUUAUUGUUAUUGGCGGGCCUCGUACUGCUGGCGAGGGUAUUAUUAGAGUGAAUUCGUGGGUUCCAAGUGAAGAGCCCGCGCAGUGGGAUGUGCUUGGCGAAAAACGAUGUGCAAGUUUUGUCUAUAAUUGUGCAGUGAUGGGAUGCUGAAUAUCUGUGUGUUGCAGGCACCAUACAAAUUCGAUGUUGUUUGCUUGUGGUUAACAAUUGGUUCCCGGAUGCACCCGGUUCUUGCUAAUGGGUACUUUUCCCAAACUUUUUUAGUUUCGUUACAUUCUUCUUUUAAAGUCGGACGAUGAUAGGGAAGAUUGUCAGAUAUUACUCAAGAUACAAUUGAAUGUUUCCAUAAACUAGUCUUGAGCACAAGCUUUUUCCUUUUCUCUUCAAACAUGAUCGAUAUUUUCUUUUUCUCAAAUGUCUUCUCCCGCUCCCAGUGCAGUAACAUGACAAGGUGGCGAUGCAUAGCAAAGAAUAUAGUUUCGUUAACUUGAGAGCUAGGCAUUUCUGUUGGCUGUAUGUUUUAUUCUUAAACGAAACAUAGAAUUCAGCGUGCUGGGGCUUUUAUGGUCCUAAAUUUCGUGAAACCGCCACAAAGGAAAUAAUAAAGUCUUGAUAUUUUUUAUGGGAAUGCAGUCUAUUUAGUCUUUUGAAUUAGUUGUAUGCUUAAUCUCAUCAAUGCAGCUCUGUUAUUGCUGUACAUUUCCUUUUAUUGGUUCCUUCAUAUCUGUCAUUAUAGCGCAUAUCAUCCUAUUAUAGUAUUAACAUUAUUCAUUUUUCUAGGUUAUAAUGCUUAUAUCAUAUUAUAGUAUUAACAUUAUUCAUUUUCUAUGUUUUAAUGCUUACAUUCUAUUAUAGUAUUAACAUUAUUCAUUUCUAUGUUUAAUGCUUUUUGGUCGAACUUAGAAUUUGUUGCUUUAAUAAUAUCUUUAAGAUCCAAUUCUCGCAUCGUUAAAAGUAGUCGCUAUGCCAAACCCAUACGUGCAAAGGUGAAUUUGAGUGGGUUUUGAUGAUGUUGUUUGAGGUAAAUAACAGUUCGAACUGAUGCACCUAUUUCUUGAUCAGGCUUAGAGCUAAAUAUGGUUACUAUUCUUGUAUUAGUUGUGAAUUGAACCUCAUCUGUCAGUUGCAUCUAAACAUGACAUACUUUGCAUAAAAACUCUGUAGAUGAAUGAACCUCGACUUCUUUAGGAUGUAUUUCUUGUCUACAUAGGUGUUGGUUUGUGCAUUCAUUGAACGUUAUCUCUACAUUUGAAUUUAGAGAAAAAUGUUGGUAUUAGUUGUAUUAUUUGUUUUGUUUAUACUUUGUGCUUUGCAGAUAUUGAUUUAAUCUCAUCUGUCAUUUGCAUUCAAAAAUGGCAUAUUGUGCAUGAACAUGGUAUGUAGAUAAUAAGACUGGACCUCGGCUGCUUUUAGGUGCCUUUUCAUGUGUAGAUAGGCAGAACCACAUCCGCACCACCUAAUCCUCUCGAUUCAACUCAUGCGUGCAUGUGUUACAGGUGAUGGUUCACACCAUUUAUUCGUGCAUUCAAUGAAUGUUAUCUCUAUAGGUGGAUGUAGACAAAUUCUGAUUUAAGCCUUUUGACUUUCAUUUCGAUCAAGUGAUUUCUGCACCAUAUUCUUAUCUGUAUGCUGAGCUGACCCUUAAAAAGGAGAUGCUUUCUCUCUUUACAUUGAUUGCAGAUUUUGUAGGGAAUUGCUUUCGUGCGUGAUUCUUGCAGAAUUACAGCCCCACGAGGCCGUUUUCAAGCUGCAUUUGUUGCUAAAGCCAAACUUGGUAACCUCGUACUGAUUUAUUGCUAUGGUUUUUGUUGGUUUGUUUCAUUUUUCAACGCAAAGCUGUUUCGUCUACUUUAGUCGACCUUGUGCUAUACUUGAUAGAUUUGUAGCUUAUGAUUUGCUAAUUUGGAGGAUUAUAUACACUAUGAGCUAUUAGGAAUUUAUUUGGUGCCUAAUAGUAUCUAAUUAUUCUAUCA